AAUUGGUGCAUCCAGAUGUCCAGAUACUCGGCGAAUGCGGUUCUGCUUCUAGGAUUACCCCUUGCAAAAAAAAAGGCAUUCAAUGGAAUACCUGCGCGAAGUUGCCCAUCUACGUGCGAGAAGCAACACGUUUGGGGCCAUGCUCCGCAUCCGUAACAGCCUAACAAUGGCCGUCCACGACUAUUUUCAGCGCCACCAUUUCAUCCAUAUUCACACACCCAUCAUCAAUUCAAAUGACUGCGAAGGAACGGGAGAAACUUUUUUGUUGAAUGUCAGGCAGAAGGACCAAAAAACGCAUGACCCAAUCGACGAUCUUUCAAAUUCCAAAGCUUCUCUGGCGAUACCGCACGGACUUUCCAAUUCUCAUUUCUUCGGAGUCGAUGAAUGCUAUUUGACUGUCUCCGGCCAGCUAGAAGCUGAAAUAUUCGCCUCAGCGCUGUCAAAGGUGUAUACAUUUGGUCCGGCAUUUCGUGCUGAAAAUUCACACACAUCUCGCCACCUAAGCGAGUUUUGGAUGGUCGAGCCUGAAAUGUCGUUCGUAAACCUGCAAGAGCUCAUGGAAACGGCGGAGGCGUCCAUCAAAUCCUGCGUCGAAUACGUAUUGACUCACUCCGCACCUGAUCUGAAUUUUUUUAAUUCGCGUGUCGAUCAAACCUUGAUGACAAGACUGCACCAAAACCGAAAAGACCACUACAUCAGAAUGAGUUACUCAGAAGCCGUAAAAAUACUGCAGGAAAAAUCGGGUUUGGGAAUCAAUUGGGGACAAGACCUCUCCAGGGAGCAUGAACGCUGGAUUUGUGACUGCUAUACACAAAAGCCUGUAUUCAUAACACAUUACCCAAAAACUCUAAAACCAUUUUACAUGCGCCUAGCUGAUUCGAAGCAAGCUGGAAGCGACGCGGAAACAGUGGAAUGUUUCGACCUCCUCGUUCCAAAGAUCGGCGAGCUGGUUGGGGGGAGUUCGAGAGAAGAAAGAUACGAUGCAUUAAAGCUCAGAAUGGAGGAAAUGGGUUUGGACGUUGAACGCUUAAACUGGUACUUGGAAUUGAGAAAAUUCGGAACAACUCCUCAUGCCGGAUUUGGCAUAGGAUUCGAAAGACUUUUGAUGUAUAUAACUGGGUUGGAAAACAUUCGAGAUGUCAUUCCAAUACCUAGAUACCCCCGUUAUUGUAAAUUCUGAAAAAAAAAAAAACCGUUUUUUUCGUCGAACACCG